AUGGCUGAUUUUAGUUCAAGCUUUGACAUGCCGUCGGCUAUUUCAGAAUCUACCGAUGCUUCGGAGCUUCAGCGUCUGAUUGCUGCAGAGCAGCAGAAAGCGCAGUUUCAAGCGCAGGUUCACAAUUUCACUGAUGUUUGCUGGGAUAAAUGUUUGGACAAACCGAGUAGCAAAUUGGAUUCACGAACUGAGACGUGUCUCGUAAACUGCGUGGAACGUUUCAUCGACACAACCCUCACCAUCACGAAUCGCUUUACACAGAUGGUCCAGAAGAGCGGGCAUUGAUAAAGGACAGAGUGUCCUCAAGGACAGUUUGCACAGAUAUUUUUUUAUUUUCUUGGUGUCCUGUUUGCUGUCCGUUGGUGCAUCGAAGAGACUGUAAUGCCCAAAAAUGGCUUUUGUCAUCAGGACACGUCGUUUCCUUUUUGUAGUAUAAUUUGCGUCACAACAAUACUCAUCUGUAAAACUAACUGGGGUUAGAUUGUGAACAAUCGUAACUUUCAAAGAAAUUAGUGGAUUGUCUUCGAUUUAUGCAAGUGAACUUUAAUAAAGAGAUGACU